CCAGAAAAGAUCAUGCUUCCGCUUGUUAAAUUGCUGAUGCUGAUUCUCUUAUCGCAAGUUAUGGUGGAGGCGAAACGGUGGUUUGACAAUGCCAAAUUUAUGGAACCAUCUUGCUUUACCCUUGGCUGGCCUCCCAGUGGCACUAACGAAGUAAUGGCUGAGAGGAGAUGCAAAAGAGAUUGCAAAAGAAUGAAAAAGUGCAAGGGAGGCUACUGCAAAGGAACGCAAUGCAUAUGUACCAAAUGUCCAUGAUCACAGAACAAACCAGGACGAAUUUUGAAACAGUCAUCCCCUGUUCAACGUCUGCAUAAACAUUUCAGC